CUUCAGUCUUGAUCCUGCCAGCCAAAUUCUACCUAAAAAAUUGGUUUCAAGAUGAAUUCCCGGGGGCCAAUGAGUCUUCCAUUUUUUGCCAUCAUCACUGCUUUAGUAUCCACUUUUCCAGGGAAUUUCGCUGCCAAGAUGCGGACGAAUAUCGUCGAGGAGAUCAACAACCACGCCACGUGCAACGGCGAUUCCGUCGUCGUCCCGCCCGAGUGGCUCGUGGAAGUCGGGCUGGCCACUACGAAGUGCUUAUCAAUCACGGAUGAUGAGUGUCACAAAUUGUGCGUCGCUAUGAGUUACGAAGGGCCCGUGAAGAAUGGGAGGCUGGAUAAGAAAUUUUUGCGGAAAGAGUCCCGAAAACUUCAGCUGAGCAAGAAGAACGAAAAGUGGAGGGAGUGGAUGCUCAAAGAAGUUGAGAAAUGUGCUGAUGCGAUGCCCGAUGUUCACAUGCCCACCGACAAGACAGAAUCGUGCCCGGAAGUGAAACCAUUUCAGGACUGUGUAGAAGAUAAAUUUCAGAUUGCGUGUAAAGGCAAAAAGCCAGAUACUGAGCUAUUCCUGAACGAUGACGACGACUAAAAAGAAGUUGAUUUAACGACCCAUUGUUAAAUUUUUGCUGAGAUAAUUGCGAAAUAAUGUAAAUGUACAUAUAUUACAUACACAUAUCAAUUU